AGUAUCAUAAAAAAAAACAUUUUAGUUUCAACUGAAUAUCAAGAAAAAAAUAUGUUUAUCGUAAAUAACAUAUUACCUACAUUUCUGUGGUUUUUGACAGUUUUUGUCAAUUUUUACGCAUGCGAAAAUUCAUCCAAUAAUUGUCAUGUGAAUUGGGAUACAGUGAUCCAAGAAAAAUUAAGAUUCUUGAAAGAUUUGAAUGACAAAUCUUUAAGACAAUUAGAGACUACAAUUCUAGAAGAAGUUUCACAAAAGUGCCCAAAUCUUACAUCAGUUGUACUCAAUAAAAUUUCUAGAGAAAUUUCUUGUACGCUCUUAAAAUACGUGAAUAUUAACCGGACAAUGCUAAUUGUUGAGAUUUCUUAUGAUGUUGCAAACGAUAUUAAAAAUAUCUUGGAAGAUAAAAAAAUUUACAAUCUCAAUGAUUUUCACUCUGAUAAGUGUCUGUCAUAUUAUUACAAUUUUAAUUUGAGUAUUUUCGAUAAUACUGGAAACGAUAAAAAGUAUUUAUCUAUUGAUCAUAAUGAAUUGUAUAGAAAUAUUACUCACUUAUUAAGUGAAACCAACUCUUAUAUUCUACAAAAAAUUCUGACAAUACAGAAUAACAUUCCUGACACUGUUCGUGAAACUAUAUCAAAUAUAACUUUUGAAUCGCUUGAAAAAUACAAAAUAAUUAAUAGCGAGAGGAAACGCUCAUCUUUUGCCACUGAAAUUUCACGAAAAAUUGUAGAUUUAAUUGAAAAUUCAAAAAUUCCGGUUACUACUUCUCUUUCACAUAUUACAUUAUCUCAGCCUAAAAUUGAGACUUCAAUUCAGACAAGUCAUAUUUAUCAACUGUAUGUAAAUCUUUUUGAGAAUUUUGAAACUGACAACAUUCCUUUCAACUAUAAUAAUAUUUUAGAUAUACAAAGUGUUAUUAUGAAUACUCUACAGGAUAAAUUACCUAAAAUAAAAAGAAAUCAAGCUGUUGAAUCACAAACCUUUAGUGCAAUUGGUCUUGUAAUAACACCGCAUUUUGGUAUCAAGAACUCAAGAAUAAAUGCAAUUUGUGCAAUAGGUCUGACAAAACAAGUAGUUGGUAUAAUAAGUCCUCAAACAAAUUAUCAAAGAUUUGAAAUUAAUGAUAUUCGGGAAUUUAAUUUAGUAAAACUCCAGUCAUAUGAAAUGGAAACAGUAACUACUUUCCUCUUUAAUUUCAUUGCAGUGACUCAAGAAAAGUUUUUUGAAAAAUAUGAAAAAAAAUUAUACAACAUGAUUCAUGAUAUUUUAAUGGAAUAUAAGAGUAGUACAAAAAUUAAAGAGAACUUUCAGAUAAUUCUCCAUAAAAUAUAUAAUGCAAGUGAUUAUAUAUUAAGCAAUAAUUAUGUUUUAGGUACUCUAGAACCAUAUCUCAAUGAAAUUGUAACCGGCAAUACAUCAUCCUUACUAAUGUCUAAUUCAAUUAUGAGAAAUAAUAUAAUGAAAAACUUGCCUCUGAAUUUUCAAGAAAUUAAGAUAUUUCUAUUGGAAUCUGCGAUUUUUCACGUUCUCCUUGAACAUAAUUUUGACUGUAAUAAUUUUAACAGAACUAAUCUCAUAAACGACAUCAUCAACCAAGUUGAAUUAAUUUUGGAUACUAAACAAGAUUUAGGAACAGAAUAUCAAGAAGCAAUUAAUACCAUGAACAUUAAUUUUACUUCGAUAGAGCAAAAUUUGACAUUUUUUCUAAUCGAAUGUCAAAAAGGCAACAAUACUCGUAUAACGUAUUCGACGGAUGUAAUUACCCAAAAUUUGAUAGAUAAUAUUACAUUGGAAAAAUUUAUAUGUCCAAAUAAUAAGCGAGCAACAUUUUCACGGUUCAAACUGUAUUUUUUCCAUGUAAUAAAAAUGGAAGUGCAACAGUAUUUCCACAGUGGACAGACUAAAAAUAUUUUUAGUCUUGAAGAAACUAUUACAAUGUUAUUACUUCUUGAGUAUUCAAAGUGUGUUUACGAAAAAGGAUAUGACUUAAAUAUUCAAAAUAGAUUUGAACAUAUAAAUGCCGAUUGGCGUUGUUUAAAAAAAUAAUAUACAUAACUAUAGUGCAAAUAUAUAUAUAUAUAUAUAUAUAUAUACGAUAUGAUAAGAAUACCUUUGCUUAAUUGUUGUACAUUUAUAUUUUUCAUGUUAUCUUUCAAUAAUAACACUUUGCUUUCUCGAAUGAAAAUUAAAAAUAUUUUAAAAUCAUGGGUAAAAGUUUAUUUUAAU